AUGGACUCGCUUACUUCAAAUGAUCCAUAUUCUUGUGUAAAACCAGAUGAUGCUAAAGUAGUUCAUACCGAUUUAGAUUUAUUCAUCGAUUUUGAUGAAACAGUUAUUCACGGAAAGGCAGUUUUGUUCAUAAAAUCCAAAGCUGAUUGUGACAGAAUAGAAGAUAAGAUAACUGUCAAGGACGAUGUUACUGGUAAUGCUUUAGUAUAUAAAAUUAAUAAAUGUAUUGAUAAUAUUGGAAGUGAGGCAUUUCUUAUUAUGUUACCGCGGACAUUAAGAAAUGAUGAAAAGCUACAUGACUAUAAAGAUACCCUUGAUAAGAUUCAUUUUCUGUAUAAUUAUAGAAUUCUGAUUGAGUAUAAAACGCGUAAAGAUUCCCUUGCACUGUAUUGGCUAAGAAGGGAUCAAACUUCUGAUGGCACACAUCCUUUCCUAUUAACUAACAAUCAAUUUACAUAUGCUAGAGGCAUAUUUCCCUGCCAAGAUUCACCGCAGGUCAGAUUUACAUACACUGCUGAGAUUUCUGUACCUAAAGCAAUCAGAGUUAUAGUGGGUGGACGUCGAUGUAAAAGUAUAAUAAAGGGAAACCCAGACCGUUAUACUCACUUAUUUUAUGAAACGAAUCCAAUGCCAUCAUAUGCAAUAAUCAUUGUGGCGGGUUUACUAAGAUUACACAAUUUUAAUCGUUCAAAGAUCGUCACUUUGUGGGCUGAGGAGAAACAUUUUGAGCAAAGUACAAGAGUAUUGAACUUUUGUAAACAUGCCAUCGACAUUGCUAAUGAGCUAUGUGGUUUUCCUAUUCAAGAGGAAUACAAUAUAUGUGUGCUUCCAUCAAAUAUCCCAGAAAUUGAACUACAAUGUCGUACCAUGAUAUUUGUGUCAUCAACAUUACUAGACGAAGAUCCCGUUUUCAUGUAUAAUACGAUUGCUCGAAAAAUUGCCCAAAGCUGGGCAGGAGGUUUAGUUACUUGUAAAAAUUUCCAACAUUUGUGGUUAAUUAAAGGUUUUAGUAUAUUUAUUUCUAGUGAAAUCUUGCAAUCUAAGUAUCUUCCUGAAACAGACGAAAUAACAUUUAUGCGAAGAAGAAUCUUUACUGAUCUUAGUGUUAAGAUGAGACUAUAUGGUGUUGAUUCUCAACAGAAAUUAGUACCUUCUUUGACUGAUAUUUUGCCAAAGAACAUUUCAAAAUCCGUACCUGACGAAGUUGGAUAUUAUCUAUUGGAUUCCUUACGAAAUGACUUAGGGGGAUCAACAGUGUUUGCACAAUAUCUUAAGCAUUAUAUGAGAACAUUUUGUUAUCAAAGUAUAGACACUAUUGAUUACGAUUGGAUGGUUAAUCUGUUUUCUUAUUUUGAUAGCAAACAUGAGAUUUCUGUACCUAAAACAAUCAAGGUCAUAGUCGGUGGUCUUCAAUCUAAAUCUACAAUGAAAUAUUCGGAAGACCGUGACAGUCACUUCUUUUAUGAAACGAAUCCAAUGCCAUCAUAUACAAUAAUCAUUAUGGCGGGUUCAUUAAAGUCAAUAGAUGAUAAUUAUUUUAGCAGUCUCAUCAGUAAUCUCAAAAUCACUUUGUGA